UAUCUGUGAGAGAUGGAUCCAGCGGAGGGGAUGACGGCAUAUAGCGUCGCGACGCCCGGCGUCAAAUUUAGUCUCUACUCUACCCGGCAACACCGUUCAAAAACUCACUCCUUCAAUACAUUUCCAACACCAGACACAAGACAUCAGCAACAUGCCGCCCCGCAACAAGGAACAGGAAGCCGAGAUUCUAGCGUGGAUCGAAGCUGUGAUCGGAGAAAAACUUCCGCCGGGAAAUUACGAGGACAUCCUUAAGGACGGCGUUAUUCUUUGCAAUUUAAUAAACAAACUCGCUCCUGGUUCGGUGAAGAAAAUUCAGACCAAGGGAACGAACUUCCAGCUUAUGGAGAACGUCCAGAGGUUCCAAGCCGCAAUCAAAGCCUACGGCGUACCGCAGGAGGAAAUUUUCCAAACCGCCGAUUUAUUCGAGAGGCGUAACAUCGCUCAGGUUACGUUGUGCCUUUACGCUCUCGGCAGAAUCACGCAAAAGCAUCCCGAAUACAAUGGCCCAAGACUUGGACCAAAAAUGGCAGAGAAGAACGAGAGAGAAUUUACGGAAGCUCAGCUUCGCGCCAGCGAAGGACAAGUCAAUUUACAGAUGGGUUACAACAAGGGAGCGAGUCAGAGCGGACAUGGCGGUUUCGGCAACACCAGGCACAUGUAAAUUAAACCUACACACACACACACUUACACACACACACACACACAUACACGCAAACAGAAACACACACACGCGCGUUCGCGCGUAUGGAUAAAAUUUAUAGAUAAAUAUGUAAUAUGUAAAUGUGUCUGCGCGUAUAAUGCGGAUGUAAUUAUAAUAUCAUUAUGUACAGUCGUUGAAAAAUUUCAUCAUCAAGAUUGAUUGUAACGGCAUUAUUUACGAAUAGACAAUAAUAAUGGGUAUAAUAUUGGGGGAUCGGUGACAGUUUGAAAAUUCCGUUAUACGGUAAUUACAAUUACUAUAUUGUAUUGUUUUAAAAAAUGAUAUUGAAACUAUUGUUUGAUAUCACGUACAUGUUGAAUUUCUUGAUAUACAUAAUUGAAUUCAUGAAUUGCUUUUAACUUUCAGUGAAAAAAAAAUAUAUAUAUAUAUAUAUACAUGUAUAAUAUAGUUUGUUGAAAAAUUAGGAAAAAGAUCGUUUUACUCUGUUGAAAAGAUUAAAUUAAUAAAUAAACCAAACGGACAAACAAAUGUUCUAUAUACGUACACACAUGUAUACGUUACAUACAAUACACUUCACACUUGAAUGAUAUUCAUACACCAAAGAGACUCACACAUAUCCUAGUCAUACACACACACACACACGCGCGCACACACACACACACACACACACACACACACACACACACACACACACACACACACACACACACACACGCACACACGAACACAUACAUUUAUGCACAAGAAAAAAAAAGGAAGAAGAAGAAGCAGCAAACAAUCUGCAGGUUUUCCAAUUUUCAUCGUAUCCCGUUUACCGAAUAUCAUAGAAUUUCACUCACGAUCAGCGACGUUGUGAAUUGCAUUUCGCUAAUUUGCAAUUUUUCGGAAUCAUCCGUUCUACUGUGAAUAAUUUGCAAAACACCCUAAUUCAAAUGUUUCACAGUAUAAUUCGCAUUAUACCUUUACAAGUAAUAAUAUAUAUAUAUAUUAUAUAUACAUAUACACAUAAGCAUAUCAACACUUAUAUAUUAUGACACACUUAUUUUCCUCAACUGACGAAAUUACGCUAUACAUACAUGCAUACAGACACACAUACAUAUAUAUAUAUGCAUGCAUACAUACACACAUACAUACACACAUAAUCGUAGGUAAACUAAAACUCACGUUAUACUGUUUUUAUUCAUUAUACAUGAAAAAUUCACUUCAUUAUUACAUAUAGUAUAUAUAUAUAUUUAUUUGUUCAUUUGUGGAAAGAUAAUAAUAAUAAUACUAUUUAAUUAUAUAUUCUACAGUAAAUUUCUCUACAUCCACACCAUACACUGUUUAUUUACUUUUCUUUAUUAUUAUUUCCUUGCGCAAAACUAUAUACGAGAUACAUUUUAAACACUGAAAACACGCAAACACUCCGUUUAUACGUAUAAUGACCGAAUAAUGUGAAUAAUAAUUCGGAAACAUUAAAAUCAUGAUUUUGAACGAAAAAAAAAAAUUUCACGCCAAGUGCGAAAAAGUUGGACAUUGUAAACACUCGACAAUACAUCAAUUUACACAACAAACACGAACGCGUUGAACUUUAUACGCAUUAUACGUACAACGUAUCGGAACUACACUCGCUAAACACUUGACAUCAAUUUACUAGGUGAAUAUAAUUGUAAUUUAAGCGAACAAUUUAUACCUUACAACGUGCAAGAAAAAUUUAUCAAUUUUUUCUUUUACACGUAAUUACUGCACUUACUCGUACAUAUUACACGUAACACAGAGUUACUUAACAACAAAAACACACACACACAAACGCACACAACACUUGUUCACUUUUACAGGUUUAGCCUGUUACGAAAGAAAAAAAAAAAAAAAAAAUGGUUCGAAUCGCUUUCUAUUAUUCAACUGCAGUGCUUUAUUUGCCUGACCAUUUUUGAAU